AUGUCACUCGCAUACCCCGCUCCGAUAUCCCCUAUCGAGAGCCGAUAUCAUCAGUCUACUUUCGAUCCGCACUCCUUGCCAGCAACUCGUCCCAAGUUAUCAUCUGUAUCUUUAACAUCGUCUAGGGCGCCUCCUAUCCGUUCAUACAAAGAGCUUUUCAAUACUGUUACUGCGAAAGGCGGUACAAUGGGAAGCAGCAGGUCUGAGUGUAGGAAUUACACCAUACCACUCGAUAGGUCCAAUCAGCCUACUCAAGCCGAGGUACAAUAUCGACUGAUUAAGUCAUCUCGUCGAUUGGUUGGUGGAAAGAUGAUAUAUGAAGAAACAGAAGCUGUUCAAAGGUUUACAUAUCCGGCUCGCAGUAAUAAAAGGGCGGUUCGAUUUGCAUCAAGUCCUACUUCUUCGGUGUUUGAGAUACCUAGUUCGAGGGAAGAUUCUUCAAUGACAAAUGAUUAUGAAGGAUAUCAUGAUGGAAGUUAUAAAAAUACAAAUCAUCGAGAGCCUAGCACACCAACCGCGCUGAUGUCGGGAACAAAUCGAGGCCGUACCCGUCACGACUCUCUACCACGAAUAUCACAACCCCAGUAUUCCUCUCACGCUCGACCGUCACCACUACCAUUUCGACCUCAUCCUGAUGAACUUUAUGCGGACGUGUGUUUGCCGUCAACAGUCUCAGGGAAUUUGACAUCCAGCUAUGAAAGACAUCGGAAUCAGUCAGACGCCACUCAAUGUCCAUCUUCACAACGAGAACUACAACGAAAGCUCAGUACAAGUGGAAUAGAUCAUAGUGAUCACAUGCGUACUGAAGCUGAGCGUCUCUCAUCAUGUCUUUUGCGUCGACCUGCUCCUCCACCUAUGCCUCAACGUCCAACGACUGAAUUCUUUCUCUUCUCAACAACUGGCUCUCUUCCUGGUUUCAUGAUCUUACGACAACUCGGUCGGAUCAACAGUAGAGUGUUACCAGAAAAAAUUGCACAAGAAUGUAUAAGAAAAGAAUGUGAAUCCGAUGAAAGGAUGAGUAGUACAAAUGCAGUGAUUUGGUUUAGAUCUGAGAUUAUAGAAGGUACGAUACCCAAAAAAGUUAGGAACUUAGAACCCCUACCAAAGUUCAACUAUCUUUUCAAUCCCAGUCGUUCCGGUGUCGUCAUAUCACACUUGUCGAGUAGAUAUACAGAUACACAAUUUCUUGAGAUGCGUUUCAACAUUGAACAAGGGUAUCAAGAUUCAAAGGCUCUGUCAUUUCGAUCGGCUUAUUCAAAGACUUCCGGGUGCUGUUAUGUGACACUUGUCAAGGUCAGAGAUGAAAGUGACCCGCAAUCGUUUGUGAGUCGUGUUAAACUGGCUGAUAAAGUGUAA